CGGGCAACCUGGCCAGGCUAACGGAGAAGCCAUGUCGGCGCUGCUGGGUCUCUGGCCCGAGGUGCGGGACACUUGCACCUCGCUGGGCCUUAUGCUGUCGACCGUGCUGUUCGUGGGGCUGGCCCGCGUGGUCGCCCGGCAGCAGCUGCACAGACCCACGGCUCACGGCUUCGUGCUGGAGUUUAUAGCCACCUUCCAGCUUUGCUGCUGCACACACGAGCUGCAACUGCUGAGCGAGCACGACCCCGCACACCCAACCUGGACGCUAACGCUAAUCUACUUCUUCUCGCUGGUGCACGGCCUGACUCUGGUGGGCACCUCCUGCAACCCGUGCGGCGUAAUGAUGCAGAUGAUGCUGGGGGAAAUGUCCCCAGAGAUGGGUGCGGUGAGGCUGUUGGCUCAACUGCUUGGCGCUCUAGCCAGCAGGUACUGCAUAGGCGCCCUGUGGAGCCUGGGGCUGGCCAAGUAUCACUUCAGCGAGAGGAGCCUGGCUUGCAAGCAUCCCAUCCACGUCGACUUGCCUAAAGCUGUCACCUCAGAGGCCAUCUGCUCCUUUAUCUUCCACAGCGCUCUGCUGCACUCCCAGGAAGUCCGGUCCAAGCUCCGUAUCCACCUGCUGGCUGCGCUCAUCACUUUUCUGGUCUAUGCAGGAGGAAGUCUAACGGGAGCUGUAUUUAAUCCAGCUUUGGCACUUUCACUACAUUUUUCAUGUUUUGAUGAAGCAUUCCCUCAAUUUUUUAUAGUAUAUUGGCUGGCUCCUUCUUUAGGAAUAUUGUUGAUGAUCUUGAUGUUCAGCUUUUUCCUUCCAUGGCUGCAUAACAACCAUACAACUAAUAAAAAGGAAUAACUCUUUCCAAAGACACAGACUAAGACGAGACAGUCCAGUUGGACGUGACAAGAUUUUUUUUUCAUCUCAAAUUCAAAACUGCACUGGAUUCAUCAAUGUUAACUUACUUUGAGAAAGCUGUCUUAUUAUAGUUUUCAUUACUGGGACUUAAAAUUACUGUGAAAAUUAAGUAUCCUGUAUUUCUCAGUUAAGACUUGUUCUUUUGAGUGAUGUAUUAAAUGCUGCUAGAUGGCUGGCGCCGCGGCUCACUAGGCUAAUCCUCCGCUUGCAGUGCUGGCACCCUGGGUUCUAAUCCCGGUCAGGGCGCCGGAUUCUGUCCCGGUUGCCCCUCUUCCAGGCCAGUUCUCUGCUGUGGCCCGGGAGGGCAGUGGAGGAUGGCCCAAGUGCUUGGGCCCUGCACCUGCAUGGGAGACCAGGAGGAAGCACCUGGCUCCUGGCUUCGGACCAGCGCCGGCCGUAGCAGCCAUCUGGGGGGUGAAGCAAUGGAAGGAAGACCUUUCUCUCUGUCUCUCUCUCUCUCUCUCACUAACUCUGCCUGUCAAAAUAAAUAAAUAAAUAAAUAAAUGCUGCUAGAAAAGGCUCAUAACAUAAAACUCAGGUGAUGAUUGUUAACUCUCAGAAAACAAGGUGAGACAGGGAGAGAAGGUGAUGGAUAAUCCUAAAGAAACUAUGUAUUGGGGCUGGCACUGUGGAGUAGCAGAUAAAGCCACCACCUGCAUUACCAGCGUCCCAUAUGGGCGCUGGUUCAAGACCCAGCUGCUCCACUUCCAAUCCAGGUCUCUGCUAUGGCCUGGGAAAGCAGUGGAAGAUGACCCAAGUCCCUGGGCCCCUGCACCCACGUGGGAGACCCGGAAGAAGCUCCUGGCUCCCAGCUUUGGAUUGGCACAGCUCAGGCCAUCAUGGCCUUCUGGGGAGUGAACUAGUGGAUGGAAGACCUCUCUCUCUCUGCCUAACUCUUCUUUUAAAAUAAAAUUUAAAAAAAGUGUCAAGUGUCACCAAAAUAACAAGAUUUUUGACCACAGUAUAACCAAAGCUUAUAAAAUUCAGAGAAUAUUUUAGCCACUACCUCCCACAAAUACUACCCACAGUAUUAUCUUUCAAUAGGAAAGCUGCUUUUAGAGGUGGAUUAUAUAUCCACGUAGACUCAAGAUGUUUCUGAAAUUUUACAUAAAAUAACCUACUAUCUAAAAAGUUUUCUGAGACAAGCUAACGACUUUCAGGAAAAUUCUUAUUAUUUAAGUAACUUACUAAAACAAAGCACUCAUACAAAAUGAGGAUUUCAGCUUUUCACAGUUUCCAUUUGAUCUCUCUCUCUUU